GAAAAUCACAAAUAUCUCGCACGCAGGUCUCGUUUUCAAAAUGGAAUUGGAUUCGGUGAAGCAGCAACAACAGCAGAACGCUUGCUGUGAAUAUAUUCUACCAAUUAAGAAGCGACGGUGUAAGAUGCUGGUGAAAAAGGGAAAUCGGUUCUGUGGAGAGCAUUCAAUUCACGAUCAGAAUAACACUGAUCGUAUGGUUUGCCCGAAUGAUGGAAAACAUACGAUUCUGAAGGCAGAUCUAGAGAUUCAUCUGACAAGGUGUAAUUCUAGAAUCAGAGAUGCAGAAUAUAUCAAAAUUGAUGCAAAUUCUAUUCGUGGCGAGACCAAACGCACCGAUAAAAUUGAUCGAAGAGCCACUGAAGAUGAGAUUUGUACCACUGUGCACAAGAUCUGGAAGUGCUAUGAGACGGAUGUAAUGGAUCGUUUGAUUGUUGAGCAACAAAGAAAUGAGCUCGUCGAGCAAAAUAUCGCACAAAAUUCAGAUCUGAACAACACGAAAAAGAAGCAAUUAUACCAGAUUUCGUCUAUUUUAGGUCACAUCGAAUCCACAGGGCUACUUCCAACUUGCUCCAAAUCUUGCAUGUUCGAGCUCGGAGCUGGAAAAGGUCAACUAGCUUAUUGGAUCUCCAAAGCAGCGCCAAAUGGAAAUUAUAUUCUCAUGGAUCGCUCUGGAUCACGAAAUAAAUUUGAUACUGCUGCAUUUCGAGAGAAUCCGAAUUUAUCAAUGAAACGCUUCCGAUGCUCAAUUGAACAUAUGGACUUGAGCAAGAUUGAUGAGCUGAAGAACUCUGAAAAGAUUUUGGCAAUCUGUAAACAUUUUUGUGGAAGCGCGACAGACGCUGGAAUUCGAUCGUUGAUGAAUAGUGGUCUACAAUUCAACGCUGCACUUCUGAUCCCUUGUUGCCAUCACAAAUCGCGAUUCGCAGAAUAUGGAGGACAUGAUUUUUUGGAGAAAUGGGAAAUGAAUGAUGAAGCUUCGUUUGCUGCACUUCGAUAUAUUGCAUCGUUUGCAACAAAUGGAGCAGUUGAUACAGAAGCAACUGAAGGAUGGAAGUCAAUUCAUCCGCCAUUAGAGCUUGGACGAAGAGCGAAAGCCAUCCUUGAAAUCGGACGAGCAAUUUGGCUGGAAAGUGUUGGAUUCAAGACGAGAGUUGUAGAAUACGUGCCGCCAGAAGUAUCACCGGAAAAUUUAUUGAUUUUAGCUUUGAAAUAAGAUCACGCAUUUAAUAAAAUGAUUUGUAAUA